AUGGUGACAGGCGCCGACGCCAUCGGGUGGCGCGUUGAAGUCUUCUGGGAAGACGAGGAACAAUGGUUCCAGGGCGUCAUCACAGAGUACUCGGACGACGAUGGCUAUUACGUCAGCUACGACGACGGCGACGAAAAGUGGCAGCCCAGCGCAGCGCCAGACGCAAUGCGCUUUCUGGCCAAAACGAUUGCUGUCGACGAUGCAAGUACUGAGUUAAAGGGCUCGUUGCCUGUGGCCGCAAGCCACGACUACUCGGAGGACGGGUUCGAAGACAAGCCCGAGAUGCCGAUGCAGUCGUUGCAAGACGGAAACACAUUGCUGGAAAGCGACGAGGCGACACCAGAGCCCACCCCAAGACAACACUCGGAAUUGCCACUGCAAGUCAAGGUCACCGAACCGAGGGGAACGACGCCGGUCGUAGCACCGCUUCUGCGCGCGCGACCUGUGCCUGCCAAGCCCGUCCGCAAGCCCGCGAGCAAUACUAUCUUCUUCAAAGACCGAGAAGAGCUGCAAGAAAUGCGCACGAAGCUCGAGGCUACAAAAUUAGCGCUGACGGACGAACUCAGCAAGCUCAAGGUGUCUCUCAAAGCCGCGGAUGCGACGUCUGCGCAGCUCAAACAGACCAUGUCGGACCUCACGGCCAAGCUUACUGUCGCGCAGCUCCACCCGACGACAAACGCGCCCAGUGCAUCGUCGAUGGACGAGCGCAUGCUCGAGCUUACCGCACGCAACCGUCAAAUGACCGCUGAGAACGCAGAGCUCGCGACAACGAAGCGCGAGAUUCAAGGACGCAGGCACAAGGUCACGCUUGUGGAAGUGCAACUUGAGAUUGCACUUUUGCUGCAGCACAAGAGCAACUUGGAGGCGACGCUGGCGACGCGCAAGGUGCCGUCCAAGCCUACAACUACGGUCGAUGUUGACGGCUACAAGGCCAAGCUGGCGGCUGCUGAUGCGCGGAUAUGGGAUCUCAAGCGCGAGAGCCUCGACUGGAAGCAGCGGUUCGAGCAGGAGCAGGCCAAAGCAUCUGCGCUCAACGCCCGCCGCGUGAAUCUCGGCGCUCAGCUUGCGCGGUUUCGGUCCUCGAAAGCUCUCUUACGCCGUGCGUUUGAUCGGUGUGAUGGCAAUGGUGAUGGGACUCUCACCCUCGACGAGACAGUGCAAGUUCUGCGUUUGCUGUCACCCGGCGGCAACGGCGACGAUGACAUCGAGGCCUCAAUUCGCACCUAUUUUGCGUCGACCGAUGCCAACCGCGACAACGCGAUCGACUUUGACGAGUUUUGCAAGGCGUUUGAACAUCUCAUGACCGCCUAG